AUGAGUCGACCCAAAACUCUUCCCAACAACCGCCCAGACGGCCCCAUUCCUGAGUCCCUUCAGUAUCUGCCCCUCGUUGCUCACCUGUACGCACUCCUAUUUUUCCCCGCUGGUUCUCUCCUCGUCUCCCCUCUUUUCUUCCCCAUCAGGUCCCUACAGUACUGCUCCCUCUCCGGAUCCCUCCCUCCCUCCCUCACCCUCCUCCCCAUCCUCUCCUCCCUCCACCUCUCCCACAACCUCCUCUCCGGUCAUCUCCCUCCCCUCCUCUCCUCCCUCUCAGCCCUCACCACCCUCCACCUCUCACACAACCUCUUCUUGGGGGUCAUCCCCGACCCAAUCUGUGACAUGCACAUGGUUGCUGACCUGGAUCUGUCGGCCAAUCAGCUGCAAGGGACCAUUCCUCCCUGUCUGGUGGAAAUGCCCACGCUCCGGAUUCUGUCAGUCGCAUUCAACAACCUGUCAGGGCCUGUUCCUGAAUUACCAGCCGGCAGCGAGCUACAGUUCAUCUACGACCACAACUGUUUGGACGACGCACCUGAGCAGGCAUGCGCUGCAGGCCUCCAUGCCACCCCUUAUGUGCCUGCUACCUCUGCUCCCAGCAGCAACAGUAGCAGCGACGGCAGCAGCAGCACGUCGUCCAUCCCACCACUGGCGUACGUCCUGCUGGCACUGCUAAUCAUCACAGUCGUCUGUGUUGUGCUCUUUGGCCUCUUCGGCACUGUUCAUCACAUCAAAGUUAAAGCCAGCAAGAAGAAGCAGAUGACCCAUCUACCUGAGUUCUCAGUGUCACGCCUCCGCGCCGCAACGAGAGGCUUUUCCACGGAGCACGGUAGAGGGAGCUUCGGGACUGCUUAUAUCGCGUAUGACCUCUUUCCAGAGGCCAGUGCAGGAGCAGAAGGCGGAAGGGGGCAUGGCGGUGCAGCUCAUGGGCAUGGGUACAUGCAGGCGAAUUCCCAUACCAUGCCGCCUGCUAUCCCCAACCCAGAGAGACACGGGUUGUUGAAACGAGCUCGCGACCCUGACAGCUUCUCGGAAUCCGCCUUCUGUCAGAAGGUAGCACUGCUAGCAGCAGCGAGCAACAGCCACCCGUGCAUGGUGCACGUGAGGGGGUUCUGUGCGAAUGGCGGGGAGAGGAUGGUGGUGCUCGAGCUAGUCACAGGAGGCACGCUGCGCCAACGCAUGAUCCGAGGUGACCUGGACGCACUGACGUGGCAGGAGAGAGUGCAAGUAGCAGUGGACGUGGCUGCUGCGUUGUAUCACCUUCACUACAAUCACACGCCGCCCUUUGUGCACCGCGCUGUGACGUCAUCAAAUGUGCUUCUAACAGAAGACAUGACCGCCAAACUGUCGGACCUAGGUUUGGCCCGAGGCGGCUCUGAUGCUUCGGGGUUUCGUCCGUUGCAGUCGUCCCUUGGAGUGGCUACGACUGCAGACGUGCUGGCCUAUGGGGUGCUGCUGCUGGAGCUUAUAACGGGGCAGACUGCAGAUGGCACAACACAGAUCGUCGCUACAUCGGCACCAUUCCUGGACGAUCCACAGAUGAUGCCUCUAAUGGCAGACGCCCAGUUGGGAGGGCAUUUUGACCGCCCGCAACUGGAGGUUCUAGCGUCGCUGGCACGAGCAUGUGUACUGGACGACGCUGCUGCUCGGCCCACGAUGCAUGAGAUACGGCAGGCCUAUGAGCAGCACCUUCAGGUGGAUCCUCAGGUGUUUGAGCCCCUGGACGUGGAUCCUCAGGUGCUAGAGCCCCUGGACCCGAAUCUGGGGGAUGUGCCACUGGGGCAGGUUGGGACCAUGGAGGGUCAUGCAGACGCUGCUGCUGGUUAUGCUGGUGCUGAUGGUGCUGGCGAUGGUGCUUUCGGUGCUGCUGCUCCUGGUGCUGGUGUUUCGGGCAUUGCUGCGGUUUCUUCUGCUUCCUAUUCUCUUGGUCCCUCUCCCUCUGCUGCUACUGCUUCGGAGGCAUCUCAAUAUUCUACCAGCAAUUGGGCAUCCAAAAUAGUCGCGUCAAUGAGUUCUGCUGCUGCUGCUGCUGCUGCUGCUGCUGCUCCUGCUGCGGGUGCUUAUAGCGAAGGGCAGGCUGGGCAGGGAGAUGCAGACAGCAGCGUUCUUCUAGAGAGCGGCUUUUCUGCCCCACCUCCUAAGGGUGGAGACAGGGCCAAGGGAAAGCAACGACAAGGAGCAAGAGGGAAAGGAGGCGGGAGAGGAAUGGGCGGAGAGGCAGGAGGGGGUGUAGGGUCUUCUGUAGCAGGGGUAGCAGGAGUGGGAGGAGCAGCAGCAGGGGCAUGGGCGGCGGUGGGGGGUGUGGUUGAGAGUGUGUCGAGAGGGGUGUGUGUGGGGGUGCCUGGGAGUGUGAGUGAGGUGAGAGAUGCCGAGGCUGCUUCUCUGCUUAUAUCAAGACCAACGAUGGAAAAUGGUGGUGGAUAUUGA